AUGUCGAGACCUACCUCUGUCGCCGCAAGGACACUCCAGCGUGAAGUUUUGUCGAACUCAUCCUCGAGGUCAGGCUCAAGAGCCCGUACGCCGAUGCCUGAUAGCGAGGAAAAUGGGCAGUUAGAUGUGAACUUCAAUUCGUUAGAGGAAUUGCUCUCGCGCAAGUUGGAAUCUUUGAAAGAUUUGUUACUCCAAAGUGAAAAUGAAGAAAAUGAAAAUAGAGACUCUAUGAUUGCCGACUCCCACGAUUAUUUGCAAAAAAAUGUCGAGGCUAUGAGUAAGGCACGAAUUACUUCGGACUCCACAUCCAUUAAUGACAUUCUCUAUUCGUUGAGGCAUAGUCGAGCUGAAGUGUCAUCUCAAUCUCGUGAAUUUCUAUUGGCGCAGCUAUUCAAAUUGGUGGUUACAAAACCGAUUGUUAUUUACAACGAAGAGCAUGCUGGCACAAAUGAUUAUGUUGGGGAAGAACAAGUUUCAUUCUUGGCCAAAACAGUAACCAGUGGGGAUUACCGCUCACCUAGUGAAUUUAUUCUUCUUUUCAGAUCACUUAUUAGUCUUUUAGUUAGCGAUCUUGAAGAUUUUGGCGAGAUCGUCUCGACGGAUUUUCUCGCACAUUUGGAGAAGUUGAUUACCGAUCCUCCAAACGCAAAUGUCACAUACGAGAAUAAGGCUAGUGUGAUAUCGGGAUAUUGUGGCUUGCUCCUUGUAUUGUAUUCUGAUACAUCUGCGUUUGGUGUUGAUGACAAGAUUAAGUGGCUCAUGGAAAUUGCUCAAGGAUUCGUUCAUAGUUCCAUCACCUUGCAAAAAGAAUUGGACUCAGGUGACCGUGAGUACUCAACUUUAAUGGAUGCAAGAGAUGACGAAGAGUUGGUAAGCGAACAAGAAGGCAAAUUGCGAACCGAAGCCAACAUUGCGAUUGCUGGAAUCCAUGGCGUCGCUGUUUUGCUCACUUUACUCCCAAAAGGUGAGUACUUGAAUGAUUUGCUUAGUUCUCUCGCGACGGAAGCAAUUGAGAUUAUGGAUAAUGAUGUCAACAUGGACCUAUCGAAAGCCGGAGCAAAACUCCUUGCAUUGUGUUACGAAUUGUUUACUUACGAUCUGGGUGAUCAAGAGGACGAUGAAGAUGCUGAUGCGGACGAAGAAUUUAAUUACAAUGCUCCAUACUACGAGCAAGGAGCUCUACUUAACAUCUGCACAAGAUUAGCUAACAUGAGUACGAAGAAAGUGGGUAAGAAGGAGAAAAAGGAAGUGAACUCAUUAUUCAGGGAAGUGGCUAACACGAUAUCAUUCUACACUGAUAAAGAGAAGAGAGAAGAAAUUUAUAAGAGGUCGCCUACGGGAAUGGAACUUCUUUCUGAAUCCACUAGUGCAACUACCUUGAAGUUGUCUCGGUCCAAAACUAUUCCAAUAAAUAGUUGGUUCUUAUACUUCAGAUUGUUGCACCUCAAAUGGUGUUUUGGAUUUGGUCUUCAUGACCAGCUUGUCUCUAAUGGCAAUAUUCGUUCUAUCUUGAGAGAACCAUUGACCAAAUACCAGUCGAAAUAUAACAACGAUGUGGAUGACGCAACAUUUGGAUCUGGUUUCACGAGGAACGCUCUCACUGAUGUAGAGAGGUUUGCAAAACAUGAAAAGAAGCGUGACAAUGAUAUUAAGAAGGCAAGAGAAAAUAAGAUCACGCAAAAGCUCGAAACACUUGAGUUGAAUAAAUAA